GACAUUUGCCUAGUGCAGUUAUUCUUGGGCUACUGCGUAGGCCUAAUAUGCGUCAUAUAAAGUACGUCUCUUCUGUUCGGCCGUAUAUCUAUCUACCAAUUCAUACAGUCAAGCUGCGUUAAGGAGGGAGCUGCUGAAGCACAUACAGUGCAGCGCGCUGAGCAGUGAGGUUUGACAGGAGGCACAGGGGGGACUGCUGAUACUUUUCAUGCAGACAGUUCCCAGAGAAGACAGAGCGAGACAACUGCCCUGCAAUUGGACUGAUGUGACAAGACCUUUAUGAUACAAUUUCAACCAAUUGGUUUUGUAACUGAGCGGGACGUUAUGAAAAUGCACCGUUUGGGAAAUGUAAUUUUAAUCCUUGAUAACCUCUCCAUUAAUCAUGUAGCCUAACAACACUUGGUGGAGCAGAUUUAUUUUGGGAUGGUGUUGCUCGUUUUAUUUUGCUACAGCUCCAUGUGAUAAGAAACCUGCUAUGGAGGACCUCUUUAGGCAAAAUGAAUCUGAGCACUGAUGAUGCGAAUUUAUGGGGAAAUGGUUCCUUAUUGGAAUUUCAGGGCGGGAAAGUGGGGAUACCGUGGUUGUCAGAGUCGCCAGUCAACUCCACAAACACCACUGGCAAUGGGACGGAGAUCGAUGAAGUGGAUCUUACCCGUGCCAUCCUGCUCGGCUUGGUUCUGGGAGCUUUCAUCGUGUUUGCCAUCGUGGGCAACAUCCUUGUCAUCCUGGCGGUGGUGACCAACAGGCACCUGCGAACUCCGACCAACUACUUCAUUAUCAACCUGGCCAUCGCCGACCUGCUGCUGGGCACCACCGUGCUGCCGGUGUCUGCCACCCUGGAGAUCCUCAACUACUGGGUGUUCGGCAGGGUCUUCUGUGACAUCUGGGCGGCGGUGGAUGUUCUGUGCUGCACCGCGUCCAUUAUGAGCCUGUGCGUCAUUUCAAUCGACCGUUAUAUCGGGGUGAGCCACCCGCUGCAGUACCUGAGCAUAGUGACCGAGAAGCGGGCACUUCUGGCCAUGCUCGGGGUGUGGGUGCUCUCGGUGGUCAUCUCCAUUGGACCCCUCCUUGGGUGGAAGCAGCCGCCAUCGCCAGACGACACGGUGUGCCUCAUCACAGAGGAACCGUUUUACGCACUCUUUUCCUCCCUCGGGUCCUUCUAUAUACCGCUGGUUGUUAUCUUGUCCAUGUAUUUUAGGGUUUAUGUAGUCGCCAAGCGGACCACCAAGAACUUGGAGGCUGGGGUGAUGAGGGAGAGGAUGAAUACGAGUGAGCUCACGCUCAGGAUCCACAGGGGAUCCCAGAUGCAGGAUGACACAGGCGGAGGCACCAGCAAGGGCCGCGCAACCCAGGCGAGGAGCUCCCUGGCAGUGAAACUUCUGAAAUUCUCCCGGGAGAAGAAAGCAGCAAAAACUUUGGGGGUCGUGGUUGGAAUGUUUACGCUUUGCUGGUUGCCGUUCUUCCUAGCCUUACCCAUUGGGUCUUUCAACCCAGACUUUCGUCCUCCUGAGACGCUGUUCAAGGUGAUCUUCUGGCUGGGCUACUUCAACUCCUGUCUCAACCCCAUCAUCUACCCCUGCUACAGCCGAGAGUUCAAACUGGCCUUCAUACGCAUCCUCAGAUGCCAGUGUCACUAUAGAAGUCGCCCAGGCUGGCGGGCUUCCAACUACCGCACCUCCCACUUUAACUCCUCUGGCCACUCACGGAAGAACUCUGCAGAGUCUGGCUACUCAAGGAAGAACUCUGCCUGCCUCAACGGGAGCCAGCGCACCCUGCCCUCCUCAGCCAGCCCCAGCCCCAGCUACCUGCCGUCCUGCGCAGAGGGGGAGACCCUCUCCACCUGCUGGGCCUCUGCCACCUCCAGGCCCUCCUCUAUGCUGCCUGGGAGUCCUGCUGACUGCCAGCUGGGGACACUGAGGGGGGGUGUGGGGGGUGGAGGGACUCAGAGGGGGAUGUCUCACAGGAAGUCCAGCCAGGGGGUGUUCUCGUUCCCAUGUGGCGAGCGUGGAGGGGACAUACCUGAGGAUAAGGUUUGACUGUCUGGGAGUCUUACAGUCAUCAGUUGUUCUUAAAUGAUUCCUGAUGGGGAUUUAAAUCAUGUUCAGUACCUGAUUGAUGAGGGGGAGUGAUGUAUCGUUCCAUUUACUGUCAAUGGUUCAAGUCGAGUCAAACUGUCAAUGGUUUUGUAUCGUUGGCAUGGAUAAUGGUUGAAGGAGUAGAGAUAGAGUUACAGAGGCCUCUGCUGUAUGUUAGCAGGUAUUACUGAGCAUCAGGGUCAGUCCAGCAUCUGUUCAAUGGAACAGUGUCAGAUGGAAAUGACUACAGAUGAAGCUGUCUUGUAUUUCUCAGAGACAUGAUCAAGGGCAAUAGUGAAGCAAUGGGAUAAACCACAUGAACUGUACAUUAUGGAUUUGACUAUAGCAGACCAAUGCAUGCAUCUGUUUGAAGGCUGUACAUACAGGGAGAUUCUCGUUUGGGCCAAAGUCCGUCCUCUGUCCUCUCUCCUCCGUGACCCAGAAACCGAUAAGUGGUUUAAUGUUGGAGGAGUGUGUUAAUUCGUUAGUGGGAGAACGAAAGAGUGUCUUCCCCUCCUCAAUGGCCACCUUUCAUCAAGGAUACUCAUGUGUAUCCUAACGCGGAAGAGUUUUGAAAUAAGCCACACCCCCUUUGAAUCAGCUUUUAUGUCAGAGGAGAAAAAAAUUAACACAUUUAAAAAUAAUAUGCUACUUAUUGUUUUAUCUAUAAAUGUCUUGAACAACUAAUUUAAUUUGUUUUGAGCACUUUACACGUGGUUGGGGGAUCCACCUGUGUAAAUGUAAAUUUCCUAAUGAUGCCCAAGUGGAAAGGACCGUCUCAUUUCAAGCAACUGUAUUUUCAUCCACGUUCACUCUCCUCGCCGACUCUCCUUGAUUAACUUGGACCUUUUUCAAAAGGAGGCGAGAGAGGACGGAGGAGAGAGGACGGAAGAGAGAGGACGCAGUAUUGGCCCAAGGACUGGGAGAGACUAUGCUACCUUGGGACUACCUGUAGAAUUGCACCCUAAUCUGUCAUUCCUUCUCUUUCAGCUGGUCUGAUCUGUGAAUGUUUCUGGUCUCCUGGGGCUGUGGUCAUUCUCUUUCAGUUGGUCUUGAACUGUGAAUGAUUCUGGUCUCCUGGGUCUGUGGUCAUUCUCUUUCAGUUGGUCUGAUCUGUGAAUGUUUCUGGUCUGUGGUCAGUCGGAGAAUGGUGCUAUAUGUAAAGAGCAGAUGAUCACAUUUCUGUUAAUGUCACUCAUUGUCUUUAUGGUGUGUUUACUUAAAUAAAGUAUAACCUGGUUUAUCCGGUGUAGUAAUCAUAUGGACAAACAUCUAGUGGGUAAAUAAAGUCGAACCUGGUUUAUCUGGUGUAGUAAUCAUAUGGACAAACAUCUAGUGGGUAAAUAAAGUCUAACCUGGUUUAUCUGGUGUAGUAAUCAUAUGUACAACCAUCUAGUGGGUAAAUAAAGUCUUACCUGGUUUAUCUGGUGUAGUAAUCAUAUUGACAAACAUCUAGUGGGUAAAUAAAGUCUAACCUGGUUUAUCUGGUGUAGUAAUCAUAUGUACAACCAUCUAGUGGGUAAAUAAAGUCUUACCUGGUUUAUCUGGUGUAGUAAUCAUAUUGACAAACAUCUAGUGGGUAAAUAAAGUCUAACCUGGUUUAUCUGGUGUAGUAAUCAUAUUGACAAACAUCUAGUGGGUAAAUAAAGUCUAACCUGGUUUAUCUGGUGUAGUAAUCAUAUGGACAAACAUCUAGUGGGUAAAUAAAGUCUAACCUGGUUUAUCUGGUGUAGUAAUCAUAUGGACAAACAUCUAGUGGGUAAAUAAAGUCUAACCUGGUUUAUCUGGUGUAGUAAUCAUAUGGACAAACAUCUAGUGGGUAAAUAAAGUCUAACCUGGUUUAUCUGGUGUAGUAAUCAUAUGGACAAACAUCUAGUGGGUAAAUAAAGUCUAACCUGGUUUAUCUGGUGUAGUAAUCAUAUGGACAAACAUCUAGUGAGUA